AUGCAAGAGUUACCAUCUUCAAAUUAUGAAAAAUACCUUCAAAUACUUGGUUAAUCAUCUCGCCAUUCAACAUAGAAUAACUCAACAGAACUGUCUUUUGCGAAUACCAAUAUAGGCAACAAAAAGGUAUCGUUUUUAAGUCAGAAUCAAACACCUCAAUAAAAGUAGCAAAUAAUGCAAUCAAUUUCUAACUAGAAUAUUUUCCAUUAAAACUCUCCAUCACUACCCUCAAUGACCUCGAUUGAAAAUACUUAAUAGAAUUCUCUACAAGGUGAUGUCAAGAUAUUGCAAGUUUAAAUGAGUUAACUAAUUUAUAAGAUAGAGAAACUGGAAUAAGAAAGCUCACAAGGGUAGGAUAGAAUGAACUCUCUUGCAAAAGUUUGUCAACUACAAUAGAAAUUUCAAGAGCAUUGGGAAGAAGAAUAAGAGAAUUUAAAGAAAUCCAUUGAUGAAAAAAUAAAUGGAAUAAUUAAGCUUAAUGAGGAACAAAGAUUUGGCAAAAAGGGAGAUAUGACUCUGGUAGAGGAACUAGAUAAUUCAUAUCAGGACAAAGUUGAAAAUAGCUAAUAUGGGAAGUAGAUAAAACUUCUAAACACUGAUCUAAAUGCCAAGAUUGAUGGAAUUUAAGAUCAAAUUAAUAAACUUGGAGAAGAAAUUGCUUCAGAUAUAAAUCAAUUAGAACAAUCAAUUAAGCAUAUUAAAUCCUGGUAGAAUAUAAGAAGUGAUAGUAAAAAGAAUUCUGGAACUUUUUAAUCAUCCAUUCUAUAAUCAUUCGCCUCACUCAGCUAAGAUCCAAUACUAACAGACACUAAAAUACUAUCAUUUAUUAAGGAUUAGUUAUAGAGGUUGGAUGACCUUAAAGUGAAUCUGGAUUAAUUCAAAAUCUUAGAGUCAAAGGUUGUUAAGAAUAUGAGAGAUAUAUAGUCUAAUAAGAAAACAUCUAACAAGCUGAUAAAUGCUUUCAAAAGUCUCGAGUCUAGAAUUGAGGGAAUAACUCAAAGAACUGCAAGAAGCUUCUCCGUAAGUACAGUUGGAAGAAGUGGCCAGAGAUCAUAGGAUCGAUCCCCCUCUAACUAUUAGAAGUAGAGAUAAGAAACUCAAUAAAAGUAGCAAAAUCAAAAGAUAUCGCAGAUUUAACAAGAUAUUGAAAUUCUAAAAUUCUAGGUAUGCUAACUUUAAUAGACUAUCAUAACUGGAACUCUCCUUGAGGAUAUUUCAGUGAUUGAAAAUUAAAGAGAUCAAUCAGAAGAUAAGAAUAAUUAAGCCAAACAUCAAUUAAUUAGCUAUACAGACCAUUAAGAUUAGGAGUAGCAGAAUGAUGAUGAUAUGGAAACAUUUGAAUAAACAUCCUAGUUCAAUAAUUAAAUAUCUAAAAGGAAAAAUAGAAAGUAAAAUUCAAUGAAGCAAAUUAAUAUAAACAUUAAGAAAGAAAAGCAAAUAAGCUAGUUCAGAAAAAUUAGAGGAAGAGCCAUGUCAAAAGAAAACUUUAAAUAUGAGGCCUAGUUUUUAAAUGAUAAAAGUCCAACUAGUUAAAAGUCAGUUACAUAAUCUAAAAAGAAAGAAAAAAGCAGGGUGGCUCAGAGAAAUAGAGACAUAACACCUUUGAAAAAUAUAAACUAAAAUUUCAACAUAAAUUCAGGCUCAAAAUCAACAAAGAAAUUUAAAGAUCAAUCUAAUGUCCAAUCGUAGUAGUACAACAUUUAAAGUGAGCAGAGUUUGAAGAAAUCAAUAAACAGAUUAAACGUAAAGAAAUCUAAAAGGAAUAUAAGGGAAAGAUCUGCGUCAUUUGACGUUAACUAAGUAAAGAAAUCAAGAGUGACCGAAAACAUCUGGGAUGAUUCUUGGACAAAAGAAACUGACUAAGCUUUAAAAACUAAUUAGUCUAUGUACUCAGAUAAUAAAGGAACUAUGAAGCAAAAAGUUCAUAAUAAAAAUGUUGAUGCUAACGGAUCAGUGAUUAUUCAUGAUUAAAAUUAAAUUACUACUAAAUCUAACAAGAGGAUAAGAUGA